AUGAUGAUGAUGUUUUUCCGACUGAUAUUGGCCACGGCGGCCAAUCUCAUUGAGACUAGCCAGCUGCGCAGGAGAUACUAUAGUGCCCAAGUGUUCGCGCAGACACGAUUGCACUCGUUAUUCCUGUCACGCAGGACCGACGGCUUUAAGUGCUCUCCGAGGCAUGGGGAUGAAAUACCGCUAACUUCACUUCCAAGCUGUUACUGGGACCUCCUUAACAGAAAGACUCAAUAUUUAAACUUCGCCCGAUUCUCGGGACUUGAACCCAGGACCACCGAUAUGCAGCCGUUCAUGGUAACCACUACACCACCGAGGCAGUUGAUGCCAAAUAAUAAUAAUGAUCUAACUCAUUUCAUCUCACUGAGACCAUCUAUGUAU